CCUCCACCAACUUUUUGAAGUCGACAAGACAUCCGAACAAUCGACCACCUCCCACUCGCGCUCUCCUUUUCUCGUCAAUCAGUUCACACGCCGUCAAGAUGGCCUCCGCCGGCGGUCACAGAUUAUACGUGAAGGGCAAGCACCUCUCCUACCGGCGCGGCAAGCGCAACACGGAUCCCAACACAUCGCUGGUCAAGAUUGAAGGUGUCGACGAUACGGAUGCUGCAAAAUUCUAUCUCGGCAAACGCGUCGCAUAUGUCUACCGCGCAUCGCGGGAACGCCAAGCCAGCAAAAUCCGCGUGAUCUGGGGCAAGGUCACCCGUCCUCACGGCAACAGCGGCAUCGUGCGUGCCAAAUUCCGACAUAACCUUCCACCCCAGAGUUUCGGCGCGAGCGUGCGGAUCAUGCUUUACCCAAGUUCGAUAUGAGUUGUUCACCUUUGCAUGGACGUUGGGGAAGUGGUGGGUGGUUCUAAAGCCGGAAGGUCUCCUUGCAGAUGCUGGAUGGAUUGAUUGAGAGAGACGGAGUAGGAGCAUGAUUGAUCAGUCACGAAAGAGAGGCAAGCGGGGAAAUGUCAAUCUCAGAGCAUGCAAGGUGUGAGAGGGAGGGAUGUUGUAAUCCACCUCAUACCUGGUAUGUGGAAGUGGUUGCUUGAGACAACGUUGCCUGCUACUGUCAGGUCUCUGGGCCCCUUCGAACACCCUGCCCUCAGCGCAAGGAAAUGGUGGGCAGAGUGAGAUACUUGAAGGGAAACAAUUGCUUCUGCGGCACGGCACUCAUCGGAAAAGGUACAUUGGGCGCAAAUGACUACUUUCGUUGCGAGCUUCCCAAGCGCAGAAAUGUUUCAUUAUGCAUCCGCACGAAUCACAAAAAUGAAUCUUCUGAACAUCA